UGAUUCGAUGAUGUAAACUGUCAUCCGCUUGCAGUUCCCGUUGGUCCGUCUGUAAUAACAACCACAUCCAUAAUAAGAAUAAUAAUCCACUCUGCGUUUCAUGGCCUGAGGGAAACGGAACAGAUAAAUUUAAAAAAAAAAAAGAAAAAAAGAAAAAAAAAAGAAGAAAAAAGGAAAUAAAGAGGACGGCAGGGUUGCGCCAGGUAUGGGGGAUCACGGGAGUCGUCCAGGUGUCAACGGGCUGAAAAGGCUCGAAGUUGAGAGUUUGCACUUCCCGAAGAAGCCCAUCUUUAACCGCCGGUUCCUGUUUCUGGUCCUCUUGUGUUUUGGGCUCUGCAUCCUGUGUUACACCAUGUCCAACAACUCAUUUUCAUGGUGGGAGGGGUUUCAACUCAAUAUACAAUAUGAGAAGUUUUUAAAUCGGUCCCGUGAUGUUCAUCUCCAUCCUGUUUAUCGAGUCCAUCCAAAACCUUCAGUCAUACCUAAUGAAACCCAUGCAACCACUAAACCACCCCCUACAACACCCCCAGGUCCUCAGUACCAUGUCGCUUACCCACGAAACUACCACUUUAUUAUGGAUCAAGCUGAUGCAUGUAAGAACGCAACCCCUUUCCUGGUCCUGAUGGUUCCAGUGGCGCCACAUAAUGUCGAAGCUCGCAAUGCGAUCAGGCAGACCUGGGGAAAAGCUGAAGUGGUUCAGGGUGAGGUGGUUCUGACUCUGUUCAUGCUUGGCCUCUCUGGACAAGCUGAUAUUGAGAAACAGCAGGAGAAGAUCCAACAUGAAAACAUGGAACAUCAAGACCUGAUCCUGAGUGAUUUCAUUGACUCAUAUUUAAAUCUGACCAUCAAAACCAUGGUGAUCAUGGACUGGCUGGCCACUCACUGCAAUAACGCAGCUUAUGCCAUGAAGAUCGACUCAGACAUGUUCCUGAACAUUGACAAUUUAGUCACCAUGCUGAAAAAGCCAAACAUUCCCAAGAUAAACUACCUGACAGGGAUGCUAAUGUGGAACAGGCCGGUUGUUCGCUCAAAAAACUCCAAGUGGUACGUCCCUGAAGAGAUGUACCCUGACUCUAAUUAUCCGACCUACACUCUGGGCAUGGGAUAUAUCUUCUCCACUGAUCUUCCAGAGAGAUUUGUGCAGAUAUCCAAAUCAAUCAAGCCCUUUAAUAUAGAGGAUGCUUACAUUGGAAUGUGCAUGAAAAAGCUGGGACUGCAUCCUUCAUCACCUCCAGAUCCUUCCCAGUUUAAGGCCUACAACAGACAAUACAACCGGUGUGAAUUCUCCAAGGUCAUCACAUACAUUCUUGGAUCUUCAAAACAGCUGGUGGACUACUGGACAGAUCUGAAGAAGCCAGGUCAACCUUGUUAGUAGAAGAAGAAGAAGAAGAAGAAGAAGUACAAUAAUUGCACUUAAAAUGAUUUGGGUAGCUGGGUAAAUGGGAUGUUAAGUUAUUUACAGGCACUGUUCACAUCUGACUUAAACAUUUUUCUUGUGCCAAUCACAAGUGGGAAGAAUGACGAUGCAUUGAGGACACUUUGAGAUCACAUUAAUGACAUUCAGAAGUCGUCUGUGAUGGAUGGACACAGGACCGGGUACUGGGUUCGUCUCAGGUUUUACUUACAUGUAUAGUUAUAACUUUAUGUUAGUGUUUUUUAGACUCUUGGUGUGCCUUUGUCAGAUGUUCCCCUUAUUAUUCACUCAAAGUUGGAUAAAACUCCUUUUUGUAACGUAACCAAAAUAUUUACUUGCACUUCAGCUCCUAAAAUCUGCUUCUUUCUCAAAAGUUGAAAUGGAAGCAAGAUAGCUCAUUCCUUAGCUCCUUCCAUUACCAAAAAUAUUUUAAUUGUUUUUUACUACUUGCCAGUUAGAUAAGUGAAUUUCUUGGUACUAGGCCGAUGUGGUAUUUUACUUUCCAAAUGAACAAUCCCUCAUGUCGAGGCCUGUCCCAUAGAGCUGAUGUCCUCUCAUACCUGCACCUCCAGCAGCAUCAUGUCAAAGUGAAUCUGAAAACUUCACCUAGACAUAUUUCACAAGCGCUGCAUACUGUAGGUGUAGUGACGCCUGAGCACUGAGAAAAAGAGUAUUCUCACUUAACAUCAUUUGUUUGAAAUUGAUAAACCUGUCUUAUGAUCUUGAUUCAUUAAUUACUAAAGCACAUGUCAAACAAGAGAAAAAAAUGGUCAAAGUUAUUAUAUCAACAAGUGAAGAGUACUGAUUGAUUAAAACCUGUAUAUUUGAAAUCGCAAUUUUAACCCUCUAAGACGGGUGUCAAACUCAUUUCAGUUCAGGGGCCACAUUCAGCUAAAUUUGAUCUGAAGUGAGCCGAACCAGUAAAAUAAUAACAUAAUAAUAUAUAAAUAAUGUCAACUCCAAACUUU